AUGUCACCGAUGGGAAAAUCGCAUCACACGCUUGAUCCUGACUAUGACGAGUGGAUGGUUUUGAUGCGAAAAUUUGCUAUAGAUCGGAACAGUAGAGCAGAGCAGAGAAGAGUUCAACGACGACACUCUUCGCCAAAAAUGGGGACAACCUCGUCGGGCGAUAAUACCAAAAACGCUAAAAGUCCAAAAAUGAACAGAAAGGAAGAAUGCAUAGCCGUGACCAACGAGCUGGCUCUGUAUCAAGACCUUUGCGGAUUUUGA